UUGUUAUUAUCAAACUCAGCCAAACAAUCAAAGCAAGCUUUGUAAGAAACACAUUGCAAUGGCUCUUAGCUUUGUAGUUCCCCUCUCUCUUCACACUUUCACUCUACCUUAUCCAAGCUCUUCCCCACAAUUAGUAUCCAUUCAUGGCCGAUCUCUGCGUACUGUUCGAUGCAUUGUUGUUUCAGAGCCUUGCAAUCAAAAGCUUGUUAGACGAUCUGCGAACUACCAACCUCCCAUUUGGGACUAUGGCUAUGUGCAAUCACUAAAUAGUCAAUAUGUGGCAGAUGUAUAUGCAAAAAGGGCUGCAAAAUUGAAGGAAGAAGUGAAGGUAAUGCUUAAGAAAGUAGUGGAUAUGGAUCCACUGGAUGGACUUGAGUUGGUUGAUGACUUGCAAAGGCUUGGAGUGUUCUAUCACUUCAAGGAAGAGAUAGAGAAUGUUUUGGAAAGCAUAUACAACUACAGUGAUGAUAAGUGGAGCAAAGAGGAUUUGUAUGCUACAGCUACCAAAUUUAGACUUUUGAGGCAACAUGGGUAUAAUGUCCCUCAAGAGAUUUUUAACAAUUUUCAGGACGAAAAGGGCAAUUUCAUGGCAUGCCUUUGUGAUGAUACAAAAGGACUACUUUGUUUGUAUGAAGCCUCGUACCUUUCAAUUGAGGGUGAAAGUAUAUUGGAUGAGGCUAGAAAUUUCACAACCAAAAAUCUCAAAGAAAACCUCAAGAAAGACAUUGAUCAGAAUCUUGCCAUGCUAGUUAGUCAUGCCUUGGAGCUUCCAUUACAUUGGAGGAUGAUUAGACUAGAGGCAAGGUGGUUCAUUGAUGUGUAUGGGAGAAGAUCAAAUAUGAAUUCUAUAUUGCUUGAGCUUGCCAAAUUGGAUUUCAACAUGGUGCAAGCAACUCAUCAAGAAGAUGUAAAACAAAUGUCAAGGUGGUGGAGGAGUACAGGUUUUGGAGAAAAUUUGAGCUUUGCUAGGGAUAGGUUGAUGGAGAAUUUUUUAUGGACUGUAGGAGUGAUUUUUGAGCCUCAAUUUGGAUACUGUAGAAGAAUGUCCACGAAGAUCAACUCACUAAUAACAACAAUUGAUGAUGUAUACGAUGUGUAUGGUACAUUAGAGGAACUUGAACUAUUUACCAAUGCCGUUGAGAGGUGGGAUGUCAGUGCAAUCGAACAACUUCCAGACUAUAUGAAGAUAUGUUUCCUCACUUUGUUCAAUUCGAUUAAUGAAAUGGCUUAUGACGUCCUUAAAGGACAAGGAUUGAACAUCAUUUCGUACCUCAAGAAAGCGUGGGCAGAUAUUUGUAAAUCUUACUUAUUGGAGGCAAAGUGGUAUUACAACAGAUAUACACCGACCUUGAAAGAAUACAUGAGCAAUGCAUGGAUUUCAAUAUCAGCUCCGGUUAUACUAGUGCAUUCCUAUUUUUUUGUUACUAAGCCAAUAACAAAGCAAGCCUUGGAAGGCUUAGAGAGAUAUCAUAACAUAAUUCGUUGGUCAUCAUUGAUUUUACGACUUUCAGAUGACUUGGGAACAUCAUCAGAUGAGUUAAAAAGAGGUGACGUUCCUAAAUCAAUCCAAUGUUACAUGCAUGAAACUGGUGCAUCAGAAAAAGAGGCUCGGGAACACAUAAAAUACUUGAUUGGGGAGACAUGGAAGAAGAUGAAUGAAGAUGGUGUUUCAGAUUCUCCCUUCACUCAGACUUUUAUUGGAAUUGCAAUGAACCUUGCUAGAACGGCACAAUGCAUGUAUCAGUACGGAGAUGGGCAUGCCUCUCAAGGUCGUGACACUAUAGAUCGUGUCUUGUCAUUACUAAUAAAACCCAUUCCCCUUAUGUAGACAACGGUUAAUAAUUAAGUAUUAUGUUAGUCGGAAAACAUCAUUCUAUAAAGCCUAAAGUCUCAGGUUGUGUAAGAUAAUUUGUGUAAUUAGUCCAUCAAUAAUUGUUGUGAUUACUCAUAAUUGCAACUGUUUGAACCACUUUGGUAUCUUUCUUUAAAAUUAUGCUUCUUUGA